UGUGGCUCUUCGUCCCCAACCUGUCAAACCCUCUCCACUCACUUCGCCUGUUCCUCUCCCAUUCUGGGGACUUGUCAAACCUGACAAUGGCGGCUGGCUCUUUGGCGAUCCGUUCCCGGGCCCUCCCUUCCCCGUCCAUAAUGCAGCUGUCGUCGCUGUCGCGCAGGUCGCUCUCUACGCGAUCACAGUUCUCAGCCCGCUCUCCUCUGCUUUCUUCAACACGCAGUAGCUGUCGUGCCAUCCCCCGUCAGCAGUCGUCGCCGUUCCAACGCGUCGCGCGCAGAUCCUACGCCGACGAUGCCGCGUCAGCAACUCCAGCUCCUAAGCCGAAGAAGAGGUUCAGGUUCUUGCGAUGGACCUGGCGGUUGACUUGGUUAACCGGUGUUGGUCUCACCGGUGUCCUGGCUUAUAGUAUUUUCCAUCUGCGACAUCCGGCAGAACAGAUGGAGCCAGAUCCAUCCAAGAAGACUCUUGUUAUUCUCGGUACCGGUUGGGGCUCCGUUUCCCUACUCAAGAAACUCGACACCGAAAACUACAAUGUCAUCGUCAUCUCCCCCCGAAACUACUUCCUUUUCACCCCCCUACUCCCCUCCUGUACCACUGGUAUGAUCGAGCAUCGCUCUAUCAUGGAACCCAUCCGUAAUAUCCUCCGCCACAAGAAGGCUACCGUAAAGUUUUACGAAGCGGAAGCUACCAAGAUUGAUCAUGAGAAGCGCGUAGUGUACAUUAGCGAUGACUCGGAGGUCAAGGGCGAGAUCUCCCACACCGAGGUGCCUUUUGACAUGCUUGUUAUUGGCGUUGGAGCUGAAAAUGCCACGUUCGGUAUCGAAGGUGUCAGGGAAAACUCCUGCUUCCUGAAAGAAGUCGACGAUGCCCAGAAGAUUCGUAAGAGUAUCAUGGACUGCGUCGAGACAGCUAUGUUCAAAGACCAGGCUCCGGAAGAGGUCAAACGACUUCUGCACACAGUUGUUGUUGGCGGUGGCCCAACUGGUGUUGAAUUCGCUGGUGAAUUGCAGGACUUUUUCAAUGCGGACCUGAAAAAGUGGAUUCCGGACAUCAAGGAAAACUUCCAUGUGACUCUCGUGGAAGCUUUGCCAAAUGUUCUACCCAUGUUCUCUAAGCAACUGAUCGACUACACCGAGUCUACCUUUAAGGAAGAAUCCAUUACCAUCCGUACAAAGACCAUGGUUAAGAAGGUCACCGACAAGCACAUCGAGGCCGAGGUCACUCGUCCUGAUGGGACUAAGGAAAGAGAAAUCAUUCCUUAUGGAUUGUUGGUCUGGGCCACCGGUAACGCUGUUCGCCCCGUUGUCCGGGACCUCAUGAGCAAGAUUCCGGCCCAGAAGAACUCCCGCCGUGGCCUUGCAGUCAACGAGUACCUGGUUGUAAAUGGAACCGAGAAUAUCUGGGCGGUCGGUGAUUGUGCCGUUGCCAACUAUGCCCCGACAGCCCAGGUUGCCAGCCAGGAGGGUACUUUCCUUGCCCAUCUUCUAAACAGCAUGGCCAAGGCCGAGACGAUCGAGAAUGAACUAAAGCGGCUGUCUGAUGUUCAAGCCCAGGCAAAGAGCGAAGAGGACCGGAACGCCGCCCUCGGUGAGAUCCGUGAGUGCCAGCGACAGCUGCGCAGAAUCAAGCAGAUCGGGCCAUUCCAGUACUCGCACCAGGGAAGUCUUGCUUACAUUGGAAAAGAGCGUGCUGUCGCCGACAUCAGUUGGUGGGCCGGCAACAUUGCAAGCGGUGGAACUUUGACAUACCUCUUCUGGCGUAGCGCCUAUCUGAGCAUGUGCUUUAGCAGUAAGUACUCUUCCCCCUUGCGUUGCUUUCUCGUUGUCUGACGCGAUCCUGCAGCUCGGAACCGUGUUCUCGUCGCUUUCGACUGGACCAAGGCCCUUUUGUUCGGACGUGACGUGUCUCGGGAGUAAAGAUAUUUGUUUAAUGAUUCUCAAUAAUCCGUAUUUCGCGGAUAUACCCCUCCUAUAUUCGAAAAGCGGGUUUUUGUAUAACCACCAAUAUCCCAUGGUAUUUGGAAAUAUGGAAACAGAGGGGAGGGGGAAUGGAGCCUCCUUUCCUUGUCUUCUCUUUCCUUGAUAUAUCAUCUCCUCAUUUUCGCUCCUUUUUUCUCUUCUCUUCUUCUCUCCCUUUCUCGUGUACUCUAGCGUCGUUAGAUGCCACUUUCUUUUUUUUUUUUUUUUUGUUUCUCUCGAGACCUUUUUAUAUAUGAUGUGACGGUUGUACGAGAAACUUCCUGCUGUUCGUAAUGAUUCCGAUUAUUUCGAUGUGGAUGGUUGAUUACAGAAAGUAAUCAUGUAUCUCCUUGGUUGGAUGUCAUGGAUGUCAUGGAUAUCCAUGAUAUAUGCCACUAUAUAAACUGGAAAUUCUAGAGCCACAUUGACUUUCUCCUUGGACUGCUCACCCCCUCUAUUUUGUGCGGGUAGAAUAAAAGGUCUGUAUACUGACAUAUUGGAUUUUUA